GGAUCGCUCUGCCGCGGCUCUGACAUCCACAUGCUGCUCGGCCUGAAAAGGCGAGGGGGGAGCCGGAGGGGAGGCAGAGGAGGCGAGCGAGGCACCAGCCCGCAGCCCGCCCCCGGCACAUCCUCAGAAGCACAGACACUCAGCCCGGCGCUGGGCGAGGUGGAGGUGAGGGCGGGCGCCAGCGAACUCGGAGAGCGGCUCGCACACUCGCGGGCGAUCCCAGCCGCCGCCGCACCCGCAGCAGCACCAGCAGCACCGGCCGCAGCAGCUUCCUGCCUCGCACUCCCCUCCAGAGACUGGCCAAGCGGGUGUAGCCGCCGGGGGAGGCUCCCGCUUAGGGGAACCCGGAGAGGACAAGAGCCGGGAGCCUGACUGCCUUCCACUCCGCCUGUCCAGCGGUCCGUGCCUCUGCCCGCGUGUGUGUCCCGGGUGCCGGGGGACCUGUGUCAGUUUGCGCUUCUGAGAUCACACAGCUGCCUAGGGGCCGUGUGAUGCCCAGGACAAUUCUUGGCUUUGAUUUUUUAUUAUUAUUACUAUUAUUUUGCGCUUAGCUUUUGGGAAACCCUCGUGAUGUUGUAGGAUAAAGGAAAUGACACUUUGAGGAACUGGAGAGAACAUACACGCGUUUGGGUUUGAAGAGGAAACCGGUCUCCGCUUCCCCAGCUUGCUCCCUCUUUGCUGAUUUCAGGAGCUAUCUCCUAGUAAGGUGGAGAUAUUCCAGCAAGAAUAAAGGUGAAGACAGACACACCGCCAGGACCCUGGAGGAAAACGCUGAUCGUUAGAGACCUUUACAGAAGACACCACAAGGAAGAAAAUUAGAGAGGAAAACACAAAGACAUAAUUAUACGAGAUCCCACAAACCUAGCCCCGGAGAGAGCCUCUCUGUCAAAAAUGGAUAUGUUUCCUCUUACCUGGGUUUUCUUAGCUCUGUACUUUUCAGGACACAAAGUGAGAAGCCAGCAAGAUCCACCCUGCGGAGGUCGGCUGAAUUCCAAAGAUGCUGGCUAUAUCACUUCCCCAGGUUACCCCCAGGACUAUCCCUCCCACCAGAACUGUGAGUGGAUUGUCUACGCCCCUGAACCCAACCAGAAGAUUGUCCUCAACUUCAACCCUCACUUUGAAAUCGAGAAACAUGAUUGCAAGUAUGACUUCAUUGAGAUCCGGGAUGGGGACAGUGAGUCAGCUGACCUCCUGGGCAAGCACUGUGGGAACAUUGCCCCUCCCACCAUCAUCUCCUCUGGCUCUGUGUUAUACAUCAAAUUCACCUCAGACUAUGCCCGGCAGGGAGCAGGUUUCUCCCUACGCUACGAGAUCUUCAAAACAGGCUCUGAAGAUUGUUCCAAGAACUUUACAAGCCCCAAUGGGACCAUUGAAUCUCCAGGGUUUCCAGAGAAAUAUCCACAUAAUCUGGACUGUACCUUCACCAUCUUGGCAAAACCUAAGAUGGAGAUCAUCCUACAGUUCCUGACCUUUGACCUGGAGCAUGACCCUCUACAAGUGGGGGAAGGAGACUGUAAAUAUGACUGGCUGGACAUCUGGGAUGGCAUUCCACACGUUGGGCCUCUGAUUGGCAAGUACUGUGGGACGAAAACACCCUCCAAACUCCGCUCCUCCACGGGGGUCCUCUCCUUGACCUUUCACACGGACAUGGCAGUGGCCAAGGAUGGUUUCUCUGCACGUUACUAUUUGGUCCACCAGGAGCCGCCUGAGAACUUUCAGUGCAAUGUCCCUCUGGGAAUGGAGUCCGGCCGGAUUGCUAAUGAACAGAUCAGUGCCUCAUCCACUUUCUCUGAUGGGAGGUGGACUCCUCAGCAGAGCCGGCUCCAUGGUGAUGACAAUGGCUGGACACCCAACUUGGAUUCCAACAAAGAGUAUCUCCAGGUGGACCUGCGUUUCCUAACCAUGCUCACAGCCAUUGCAACACAGGGAGCCAUUUCCAGGGAGACCCAGAAAGGCUACUAUGUCAAAUCAUACAAGCUGGAGGUCAGCACAAACGGUGAAGAUUGGAUGGUCUACCGGCAUGGCAAAAACCACAAGAUAUUCCAGGCUAACAAUGAUGCGACCGAGGUGGUUCUGAACAAGCUCCACGCGCCGCUGCUGACUCGGUUCAUCAGGAUCCGCCCACAGACGUGGCAUUUGGGCAUUGCCCUUCGACUGGAGCUCUUUGGCUGCCGGGUUACAGAUGCACCCUGCUCCAGCAUGCUGGGGAUGCUCUCGGGCCUCAUUGCCGAUACCCAGAUCUCUGCCUCCUCCACCCGAGAGUACCUCUGGAGCCCCAGUGCUGCCCGCCUGGUUAGCAGCCGCUCUGGAUGGUUCCCUCGGAACCCUCAAGCCCAGCCAGGUGAAGAAUGGCUUCAGGUGGACCUGGGGACACCCAAGACAGUGAAAGGCGUCAUCAUCCAGGGAGCCCGUGGAGGAGACAGCAUCACUGCCGUGGAAGCCAGGGCGUUUGUACGCAAGUUCAAAGUCUCCUACAGCCUAAAUGGCAAGGACUGGGAAUAUAUCCAGGACUCCAGGACUCAGCAGCCAAAGCUGUUCGAAGGGAACAUGCACUAUGACACCCCUGACAUCCGAAGGUUCGAUCCAGUUCCAGCACAGUAUGUGCGGGUGUACCCAGAAAGGUGGUCACCAGCAGGCAUUGGGAUGAGGCUGGAGGUCCUGGGCUGUGACUGGACAGACUCAAAGCCCACUGUGGAGACGCUGGGACCCACCAUAAAGAGUGAAGAGACUACCACCCCAUAUCCCAUGGACGAGGAUGCCACCGAGUGUGGGGAGAACUGCAGUUUUGAGGAUGACAAAGAUUUGCAACUUCCUUCAGGAUUCAACUGCAACUUUGAUUUUCCUGAAGAGCCCUGUGGUUGGAUGUAUGACCAUGCCAAGUGGCUCCGGAGCACCUGGAUCAGCAGCGCUAACCCCAAUGACAGAACGUUUCCAGAUGACAAGAACUUCUUGAAAUUACAAAGUGACGGCCGACGAGAGGGCCAGUACGGACGGCUCAUCAGCCCACCAGUGCACCUCCCCCGAAGCCCUGUGUGCAUGGAGUUCCAGUACCAAGCCAUGGGCGGCCAUGGGGUGGCACUGCAGGUGGUUCGGGAAGCCAGCCAGGAAAGCAAACUCCUUUGGGUCAUCCGUGAGGACCAGGGCAGCGAGUGGAAGCAUGGACGUAUUAUCCUGCCCAGCUAUGACAUGGAGUAUCAGAUCGUGUUCGAGGGAGUGAUAGGGAAGGGGCGAUCGGGAGAGAUUUCCAUCGAUGACAUUCGGAUAAGCACUGACGUCCCGCUGGAGGACUGCAUGGAACCCAUCUCAGCUUUUGCAGUGGACAUCCCAGAAAUCCAUGGGGGAGAGGGCUAUGAAGAUGAAAUUGAUGAUGAGUAUGAAGGAGAUUGGAGCAACUCUUCGUCUUCUACCUCAGGGGCUGGUGGGCCCUCAUCUGGCAAAGAAAAGAGCUGGCUGUACACACUGGACCCCAUCCUGAUCACCAUCAUCGCCAUGAGCUCCCUGGGUGUCCUGCUGGGGGCCACCUGCGCGGGUCUCCUCCUCUACUGCACCUGCUCCUACUCCGGUCUGAGUUCGAGAAGCUGCACCACACUGGAGAACUACAACUUUGAGCUCUAUGACGGCCUCAAGCACAAGGUCAAGAUCAAUCACCAGAAGUGUUGCUCGGAGGCGUGACCGACUAUGUCCGAAACACUUCCGGUGUCUCAUUCCAGUGAGAGGGGCUAGCGAAGAUUACAUUUUUUUUCCUUUGGAAACUGAAUGCCAUAAUCUGGAUCAAACCGAUCUAGAAUACUGAAGGUAUGGAUAGGACAGAUAGGCCAGUCUGGGGAGAAAGAGAGAUGCAGCCGUGAGGGGAUCAUUGUCCACCGAGGACUGUGGUGGACAAGGUAAUGCAGGAACCGACCGUGUUCUCUGCCGGGACACAGACAGGAGUGCAUCUCUCGGGAGUCACAGUUCUGUUUCCUUUGUGAGCUUGUUAUGAUUAUGAUUGCUAUUGUUACAUUUUAUUUUUGUUUGGUCUGUGAGCAACUCAAAGAGGCAGAAGAGGAUGGCUUGUCCUGUGCAGAAAGUGGAGAGAGCAUCACUUUUCUCCACAUCUCUUUCUAGUCAACACUUGAAAAACAAAGGGACUUUUCAGCCCUUCCAUUCUGAGAAAUGGAACUUAAGAAACAAAAGCCACCCAGCUUAGCUCACCCUCAGAUGGUCUCCCAACUCGAGACUUGCUGGGUGUGUUCAGAAUCUGCCAGCCAACCCUAGGAGCUGCCGUUUCUGGUCCUAGCAUAUUGAAAUAGGAGUUAUUGCCUUUAGCUUUUUUUAAUCCAGGGGAAGAUUGCCAUUUUAGGGUCAGCUUGAACAAUUCUUUCUUAUAUAAGAUUUAAAGUAAACCAGAAUAGAAACUUCAUACACCAGAAUCCAUAGACACACCUCUAUGGUUAGACACAGACAAGCCUUAAAAUGCUUUGAUGACUGGGUGCCAUUCCUUAAUCUAGACCCAGAGUUUGUGGCUGUGGGGUGUACCUUGUGGGGCCUCUGCUGGUGUCUUUGCCUUUUCUUUCCCUCCUAUUUGUUCUUCUACAACAUAUAUUCAUAUAUGCACACAGCAAGCUCUUAUGCAGCUCAUGUGCACUCAUAUACACACACACAUAUGCACACACACACAUACACAUAUACACACACAUAUACACACACAUUCACACAUACACACACACAUACUCACACACAU